AGGACCCUGGUUCGCGAAUAUCUGAGCUCGGACGAAAGCGGCAAGUGGCUACUGGUGAUUGAUAACGCUGACGACCCGGACCUAUUCCUCGGAUCUAACGGCAAGGCUGGUAUCGAAGAGUACCUUCCUGAGAGCGAGUACGGGUUGGUUUUGUUGACGACGCGAUCGAGACAGGUGGCUGUGCAGUUUGCACAGUCUAAUAUUGUCGACAUUGAAGAAAUGGAACCGGAGGAGGCAACACUGCUUCUCCAGAAGGCUCUCGCGCAGGGACAGACACCCCAGGACGAAGCACUAGUGGAAGAUCUUCUUAUCCGACUGACCUAUCUUCCGCUCGCGAUCACGCAGGCAGCAGCAUAUCUCAAUCAGACCAAGGUACCAAUCCGUAAAUACCUAGGGUUGCUACGAGGGGCCGAGAAAGAUGCCGUCCGGCUCUUAGGUCGAGAAUUCCGUGACAGCACAAGAUAUCAGAACUCGCAUAACGCUAUUGCCACAACAUGGAUUAUUUCCUUUGAUCAGAUCCUGAAGUCCGAUCCAUUUGCGGUUGAUCUGCUCUCGUUCAUAGCUUGCAUCGAACCGAAAGCAAUACCGCAAUGGAUCAUGCCCGGGUCAGAGUCAGAGGAGACAGAAUUGGCGAUCGGCAUCCUCUGCAGCUUUUCGUUUCUUGUUCGGCGAGGAGACGACGAUAUGUUCGAUAUGCAUAGUCUUGUGCAUAUGGCUACGCGGGAAUGGAUCCAGAAGCAGGAUCGGCAAGACCGGGUGGCGCAUAAUGCCAUACGUCGCCUCCAAAAGAUAUUCCCUUCGCACGACAGCGCGAAUCGUAAGCUAUGGCGGGAGUGUAUGCCACACGCAAUACGGCUUCUUCAUGACACUCAGGCUUCGAAUACGGAAGAGCGAUAUAAGCUCGUGGUCAGUGUUGGGAAAUGUAUGGAUACCGACCGACGGUUUAAAGAAGCAAUACGAUGCUUUGAAGAAGUCGAAGCGAUCGAGAUGUUGGAGCAUGUAGUAGCGGUGCAGAGGGAGACACUAGACGAGAAAGAUUAUUCUCGGCUAACAUCGGAGCACGAGCUUGCGAGGGCAUACCUCGCCGACCGACGGAUCAAGGAGGCAAUCGAGAUGCUCGAGCAUGUUGUUGCUAUUGAAGCUCAGAUUUAUGCCGAGGACGACCCUGAGCGCGUUCUCUCCGUGGCUUUGCUAGCGGAUGCAUAUAUACAACUCGAAUCGUGUAAUGAGAAUAUGGACAGCAAGAGUCCAGUCUCAGAUGGCGAUGACCAAGGGCACAACAAGGACACUACCAUGAGUAGGCAUGCAUCCAUCGAGAGGCUCAUAAAGGCUAUGAGUAGCAUGCAAAUUUAG